AUGGCCUCUUACUUACCACAUGACGAGUUGAAAACAAACGUAUACACAUACGACGAGGUACCCGAGAACAAGUCAUGGGCUUCCGCUUUGCCUGUGGCCAAGGGUCUCUACAACCCGGACCUCGAGAAGGACGCCUGUGGUGUCGGUUUCGCCUGUCACUUGAAAGGUGAUGUCUCCCACAAAAUCGUCUCCGACGCCCGCAACUUGCUUUGCAACAUGACCCACAGAGGUGGUGAGUUGAACCCAAAGGAUGGUGACGGUGCCGGUUUGUUGUCCUCUUUGCCUCACAAGUUCUUGACCCGUGAGUUCAAGUACCACUGCGACGUGGACUUGCCUCCUUUGGGCCAGUACGGUACCGGUAAUGUGUUCUUCAAGAAGGACCCGGCCGUGUUCGAGAAGUCCAAGGCCACCUUCGAGUCUCUUGCUCAAUCCUUGGGCUUGAAGGUCUUGGGCUGGAGAGCGGUUCCACACGACUCCAGCAUCUUGGGCCCUGCCUCUUUGUCCAGAGAGCCUUUGAUUUUGCAGCCAGCCGUUGUCUUGACUGAAACCUACGGCAGCGAGAUUUCCGCCGAGGACUUCGAGAAGUCACACAAAAAGAACUUCGAGAAGAACUUGUUCAUCUUGAGAAAGCAAGCUUCUCACACCAUUGGUUUGCACAACUGGUUCUACAUCUGUUCCUUGUCUUCCAAGACUAUUGUCUACAAGGGUCAAUUGGCUCCAAACCAGGUGUACGCAUACUACUACGACUUGGUCAACGCCGACUUCGAGGCUCAUUUUGCCCUUGUCCACUCCCGUUUCUCCACCAACACCUUCCCAUCUUGGGACCGUGCUCAGCCAUUGAGAAUUGCUGCUCACAACGGUGAAAUUAACACCUUGAGAGGUAACAAGAACUGGAUGAGAGCCAAGGAGGGUGUCAUGGCCUCCGAGUUGUUUGGCGACGAGUUGGAGAAAUUGUUCCCUAUCAUUGAGGAGGGUGGUUCCGACUCUGCUGCUUUUGACAACGUUUUGGAGUUGUUGGUCAUUAAUGGUGUUUUGUCUUUGCCUGAAGCUGUCAUGCUCAUGAUUCCUGAGGCUUGGCAAAACGACAAGCAGAUUGACAUGAAGAAAAAGGCCUUCUACGAGUGGGCUGCUUGUUUGAUGGAGCCAUGGGAUGGUCCUGCUUUGUUCACCUUCGCCGAUGACAGAUACUGUGGUGCCAACUUGGACAGAAACGGUUUGAGACCAUGUCGUUACUACGUUACCGACGAUGACAGAAUCAUCUGUGCCUCUGAGGUCGGUGUCAUCGAUGUCGAGCCUGAGAAGGUUUUGCAGAAGGGCCGUUUGCAACCAGGUCGUAUGUUGUUGGUCGACACCAUUGAGGGUCGUAUCGUCGAUGACCGUGAGUUGAAGAACAAGGUUGCCUCCCGUUUCGACUUCAAGUCAUGGGUGACCGCUUCCAUGAUCACUUUGGAGGAUUUGGUUGAGAAGUUGACCGCUAGAGACAUCAAGGUCUCUGGCCCAGCUUACGACACCACUCACACCGUGCAAACUGACCCACGUUUGUUGGCUUUCGGAUACUCUAACGAGCAAAUGAACACCAUCUUGGCUCCAAUGGCCGAGGCUAAGGAGUCUCUUGGUUCCAUGGGUAACGAUACUGCCUUGGCAUGUAUCUCCGAGCAACCACGUUUGUUGUACGAGUACUUCCGUCAAUUGUUCGCCCAAGUCACUAACCCUCCUAUCGACCCUAUCAGAGAGGAGAUUGUCAUGUCUUUGGAGUGUUACGUUGGUCCUCAAGGUAAUCUUUUGGAGAUGAAGCCAAACCAGUGUGACCGUUUGUUGUUGCGCUCCCCAGUCAUCUCUAACAGCGAGUUGAGUGCCAUUAGCAACAUUGAGACUGUCGUUCCAACUUGGUCUGUUGCCUCCAUUGACAUCACCUUCGACAGAGCCGAUGGUAUUCAAGGCUACAUCAACAAGAUCGAGGAGAUCUGUCAAGAAGCUUCUCGCGCUCUUGCUGACGACAAGAAGAUCAUCAUUUUGACCGACAGAGCCAUCUCUGUCAACAGAAUCCCUAUCUCUGCCCUCAUUGCCACUGGUGCUGUUCACCACCACUUGGUUAGACAAAAGCAACGUUCUAAGGUCGCUAUCUUGCUCGAGACCGCCGAGGCUCGUGAAGUCCACCACAUCUGUUGUUUGGUUGGUUAUGGUGCUGACGGUGUCAACCCAUACUUGGCCAUCGAGACUUUGUGCAAGAUGAGAGACGAAGGCCUCUUGAAGUUGAACUUCAGCAACGAACAGAUCUUUGCAAACUAUAAGGAGGCUGUCGACGCCGGUGUUUUGAAGGUUAUGUCCAAGAUGGGUAUUUCCACUUUGGCUUCCUACAAGGGUGCUCAAAUUUUCGAAGCCUUGGGUAUUGACAACUCCGUCAUUGACCGUUGUUUCGCUGGUACUGCCUCCAGAAUUAAGGGUAUCACCUUCGAGUACAUUGCUCAAGAUGCAUUCUCUUUGCACGAAGCCGCUUUCCCUACCAGAGAGACCAUCAAGCCUCUUGCUUUGCCAGAGACUGGUGAGUACCACUGGAGAGAUGGUGGAGAGAAGAAGGUGAAUGACCCAGCUGCCAUUGCAUCUCUUCAAGACGCUGUCCGUAACAAGAACGAGCGUGCUUACGAUGCUUACUCCAAGAAAGAGUACGACGCUAUCAAGAACUGUACUUUGCGUGGUUUGUUGGACUUUGACUAUGAAGGCGCUACCCCAGUUCCUAUCGACCAAGUUGAGCCAUGGACCGAGAUUGUCCGUCGUUUCUUCACCGGUGCCAUGUCCUAUGGUUCCAUUUCCAUGGAGUCCCACUCUACUUUGGCUGUCGCUAUGAACAGAUUGGGUGGUAAGUCCAACACUGGUGAGGGUGGUGAAGAUUCCGCCAGAUCCCAGGUCAAUGCCAACGGUGACACUAUGCGUUCUGCUAUUAAACAGAUUGCCUCUGGUAGAUUCGGUGUUACCUCCUACUACUUGGCUGACGCCGAUGAGUUGCAGAUCAAGAUGGCUCAGGGUGCUAAGCCUGGUGAGGGUGGUGAGUUGCCUGGUCACAAGGUGUCUGAGAGCAUCGGUAAGACCCGUCACUCCACUCCUGGUGUUGGUUUGAUUUCUCCUCCUCCACAUCACGAUAUCUACUCCAUUGAGGACUUGAAGCAAUUGUUGUACGAUUUGAAGUGUGCCAACCCUCGUGCUCGUACCUCUGUCAAGUUGGUCUCUGAGGUUGGUGUUGGUAUUGUUGCCGCCGGUGUCGCCAAGGCUGGUUCCGAGAACAUUUUGGUCUCUGGUGGUGAUGGUGGUACUGGUGCCGCCAAGUGGACUUCUAUCAAGUACGCUGGUUUGCCAUGGGAGUUGGGUCUUGCUGAGUCCCAUCAAACCUUGGUCUUGAACGACUUGAGAGGUAGAGUUAUCUUGCAAACUGACGGUCAAAUCAGAACCGGUAGAGAUGUUGCUAUUGCCUGUUUGCUUGGUGCUGAAGAGUGGGGUUUCGCCACUACUCCUUUGAUUGCCAUGGGUUGUAUCAUGAUGAAGAAGUGUCACUUGAACACUUGUCCUGUUGGUAUUGCUACUCAAGACCCAGAGCUCCGUAAGAAGUUCAAGGGUACCCCAGAGCACGUUAUCAACUUCUUCUACUACAUUGCCAACGAGUUGAGACAGUACAUGGCCAAGUUAGGUUUCCGUACUAUCAACGAGAUGAUUGGUAAGACCGAGGUCUUGAAGGUCCGCGAUGACUUGCGUAACACCAAGAACGCCAACAUCGACUUGCUGCCAAUCUUGACUCCUGCUCACACCAUUAGACCUGGUGUUCCAACCUACUGUAUCAGAAAGCAAGACCACAAGUUGCACGUCCGUAUUGACAACAAGUUGAUCGAUGAGUCCGAGUUGACCUUGUCUAAGGGUUUGCCAGUUACAAUCGACUGUGAGGUUGUCAACACUGACCGUUCUGUUGGUACUACUUUGUCUUACAGAGUCUCUAAGACUUUCGGUGAACAAGGUUUGCCACACGACACCAUUCACGUCAAUGUGAAGGGUUCUGCUGGUCAAUCGUUCGGUGCUUUCUUGGCUUCUGGUAUUACUUUGGAGUUGGAGGGUGACGCUAACGAUUACAUUGGUAAGGGUUUGUCUGGUGGUAGAGUUAUUGUCUACCCACCAAAGGGCUCUAAGUUCAAGGCCGAGGACCAAAUCAUUGCCGGUAACACCGGUUUCUUCGGUGCCACAUCUGGUUCUGCUUUCAUCAGAGGUGUUGCCGCUGAGCGUUUCGCUGUCAGAAACUCCGGUGCUGUCAUUGUUACUGAGGGUACCGGUGACCACGGAUGUGAGUACAUGUCCGGUGGUCGUGUUGUUGUCUUGGGUUCUACUGGUCGUAACUUUGCUGCUGGUAUGUGCGGUGGUAUUGCUUACGUUCUUGACAUGGCCCAGGACUUUGCAACUAAGGUUAACCACGGUACUGUCGGUUUGUCUUCUGUUACUGAACCAACCGAAAUCGCCUUCUUGAGAGGCCUUAUCGAGGACCACCGUCACUACACUGGUUCUGAGGUUGCCGACAACAUCUUGAACGACUUCAACCGUAUCUUGCCAAGAUUUGUCAAGGUCUUGCCUCAUGACUACAAGAAGGUUCUCGAGAAGGAGAAGCAAAAGGAGAUCGACGCCAAGCAGAGCCAAUUGAACACUUUCUUGAAACUGAUCAAGGAGGACCCUGAGUGUGAUGCCACCAACGGUGAGGCUGCCAAGAUCAAGAAGGGCCACGUUCACUCUCACGCUAAGUCUGAGCCAAAGGUUUUGGAUGUUGAGGACACUAUUCGCGACUCUGAACUCGAGAAGAAGGCAGUUGCCAAGAUCGACAAGGUCAAGGGUUUCAUGAAGUACAAGCGUAGAAACGAGAAGUACCGUCCUGCCGAGGUCCGCACCAAGGACUGGAACGAGAUGACUUCCCGUUUGACCAAGGACGAGUUGAAGCACGAGACUGCCCGUUGUAUGGACUGUGGUGUGCCAUUCUGUACCUCUGACACUGGAUGUCCUAUCUCUAACAUCAUUCCAAAGUGGAAUGAGUUGGUUUUCCAAGACAGAUGGUACGAUGCUUUGCAAAGAUUGAUGAUGACCAACAACUUCCCAGAGUUCACUGGUAGAAUUUGUCCAGCCCCAUGUAACGGUGCUUGUGUCCUCGGUAUCAACGAGGACCCAGUCAACAUCAAGUCUGUUGAGUGUGCUAUCAUUGACCACGGUUUCGAGCAAGGCUGGAUCAAGCCAAACCCACCUCACCACCGCACUGGUAAGUCUGUGGCCAUUAUUGGUUCUGGUCCUUCUGGUUUGGCUGCUGCCGACCAAUUGAACAGAGCUGGUCACUCCGUCACUGUCUAUGAGAGAUCUGACAGACCAGGUGGUUUGUUGAUGUACGGUAUUCCAAACAUGAAGUUGGACAAGGGUAUCGUGAAGCGUAGAACUGACUUGUUGGCUGCCGAGGGUGUGGAGUUUGUUUGCAACACCACCGUUGGUGAGGAUGUUACCAUUGAGGAGUUGAAGGCUUCGAACGAUGCCGUCGUUUACGCCGUUGGUUCCACCAUUCCUCGUGACCUCAAGAUUCCAGGUCGUGACUUGAAGAACAUUGACUUUGCCAUGCAACUCUUGCACAGCAACACCAAGGCUCUCUUGGAGAGCAACUUGGAGGAGAUCCGCAAAACCAUUGCCGGCAAGAACGUUGUCGUCAUUGGAGGAGGUGACACUGGUAAUGACUGUUUGGGUACCUCCACUCGUCAUGGUGCCGCUUCUGUUACCAACUUCGAGUUGUUGCCAACUCCACCAAAUGCCAGACCAAAGGACAACCCAUGGCCACAAUGGCCAAGAAUCUUCCGUGUUGACUACGGUCACACUGAAGUCGCCGCUCACUACGGUAAGGACCCAAGAGAGUACUCUAUCUUAUCCAAGGAGUUUGUGGGCGAUGAUGAAGGAAAUGUGAAGGGUAUCAAGACCGUGCGUGUUGAGUGGAAGAGAUCCGACUCCGGGGCUUGGCAAAUGGCCGAGGUUCCUGGUUCCGAGGAGUUCUUCCCUGCUGACAUUGUUUUGUUGUCUAUGGGUUUCGUUGGUCCAGAGACCGACAAGCUUGAGAUCAGCAAGACCAAGAGAGGCACCAUUCCAACAUUUGAUCCAUCUGGCUACAGAGUUUCUGCCACUGAUAACUUGUUCGCUGCCGGUGACUGUAGAAGAGGACAGUCAUUGGUCGUGUGGGGUAUCCAAGAGGGUAGACAAUGUGCCCGUGAGGUUGACUUGUACUUGAUGGGAACCACCAGAUUGCCUGGUAAUGGAUCCAUUGAGCAAAGAGACUUCCAGUUGUUGGAGAACUUGGCCGAGAAGGUCUAA